CCCCGGCCCCGCGCUCACUCCGGCCCGGGAGAAAGAGGAGGAGGAAGAGGAGAAGACGAGGAGGGCUGGCUAGCAGGCGCUGCUCCCAGCUAGACGGCGGGCUGCCCCCCGGCUCCGCUCCGCGCACACACACGCACACACACACACAGGCGCGCGCGCACACACGCACAUACAUACGCACACACACGCAGAUCCAUACACACAGAGGCACACAGAGACACACACGCAACACACCCCACAGUGGUCCUCGCUCAGUCUCCCUGCCAGCCAGCCUGCACCAUGUCGGAAAUCCUCCCCUACAGCGAGGACAAGAUGGGCCGCUUCGGCGCUGACCCAGAGGGCUCAGAUCUCUCCUUCAGCUGCCGCCUCCAGGACACCAACUCCUUCUUUGCGGGCAACCAAGCAAAACGGCCCCCUAAGCUGGGCCAGAUCGGCCGGGCCAAGAGAGUGGUGAUCGAGGAUGACCGGAUAGAUGACGUGCUGAAGGGAAUGGGGGAGAAGCCGCCGACGGGAGUGUAGACGCGCCGGCUUGGUCCGCGGGCUCCCGUUCCCGCCUCGGAGCGGCCCGGAGCGCAGGACGGCGAUGAAGCUGCCAGCGCCCCCGGCCCGGGCUCCCGGCCCAGCCCCAGCGGGCCGGGGCCUCAGGACCCAGCGGCUCCGCCCGGGCCGCCGCCGCUGCUCGCUGCUCCGGAGCUGUCCGCUUCAGCACCAAGGUGGCGGCGCGGCCCGGUCAGGAGCCCCUGUAGCGCCCGGCCCCCGGCCCGCCCCGCUCAUGCACUUUAGGACUCGGGCCGUGGCCCCACCCCGCACACAGAAACGGACAGAGAAACGCGUGGCGCCCGGUGCCGCGGACAUGUCAUUGUCGCUGCUCAUUCCCCGCGCCCUGUCCCGCACGGCCCCUUCCCUCCAGCCGGUCUGCAAGCUCAGCAGCUAGCUGGCCACGGGUCCCUCCGUGCCGCCCUACCCAGGGACGUUCGGCUGCAUCUGGCAUGCAUGAGCUUCCCCCCCCCCCCCCCCGGAGCCCAACCGGGGGGUCGUCAUCUCCAGCCCAGUCUAGGCACCGCCCCUCCCCCUUCCCUGCGUCUGGCGGGUCCCCCUCCGAAGCCUCUUUCUAAGGCGUCUCUGCCUUAGCGCGUUUGUAUUUUUAUAUCCGACUCUCGGUUUACCGAAUCUUCUCCUGAGCCCCCUCGGGCUGGGCCCCGACAGUCCGCGCCUGGCGGAUGGUCUCGGCCUUCGGGCAAUGACCUCGGGAACCCCUGAAGCCCUUCCCGCGAUCCCCGGGAGCAGCCCCGGCGCCCCGCCCCCUCCCGGGUCGGCCCCAUUCCUCCCUGUCCCUGGGGAAUGCACUGCUGCCUCUGGGAUGAUGCCAAAGGGGCCCCAGGAAUGUCCCCCUGUAAAUGCCCCCUCCCCUCCCCCUUCACUGUACCAGGAGUGCGUGAAUAAACACAGAUCUGUGCAUA